AUGAUUUCUUUGUUAUUUAGAGGCAGCUUCUUUCAUAUAUUUCAUUUUGUCUUUCUUAAAGAUACAUUUUGUUCCAUUUUCUUUCCGUCUUCUUCACUCGCAGAUAUGCCUCCAUCCAUUUUCUUUACGUCUUUCCUUAUUUACUGCUACAUUUCCUUCAAAUUUUCUUUUUAUCCUUACUUAUUUGCUGAUAUCUUUUCUCCAUUUUCUUUAUGUCUUUCCUUAUUUGCUUAUAUCUUUUCUUCAUUUUCUUUUUAUACUUUUCUUUCAUUUCCUUUUCGUCAUUCUUUACUUGCAAAUACUUUUUAUUUCCUUUUCUUUUCAUAUUUCUUUAUUGCAAACACUUUUUUUUUCAAUAUCUUUUCGUCUUCUUUUCUGGUAAAUACUUUUUCUUCUAUCUCCUUACUUUCCAAUACUAUUCUUCCAUUUUCUUUUCGUCUUUCUUUACAUAUUCCCAUGACAUUUGAUUUUUCUUGA